AAAUGCUUGGAAUGUGGAAAAUGCUUCUCUCAAAAUGCCCACCUAAGAAUACAUCAAAGGGUUCACACAGGGGAGAAGCCAUGUAAAUGCCUGGACUGUGGAAAGUGCUUCUCUUGGAAUUUCUCCUUAACUGCACAUAAAAAAAUCCAUACAGGGGAGAAGCCAUAUAAAUGCUUGGAGUGUGGGAAAUGCUUCUCCCAAAAUGCCCACCUAAGAAUACAUCAAAGGGUUCACACAGGGGAAAAGCCAUAUAAAUGCUUGGAGUGUGGGAAAUGUUUCUCUCAAAAUAGCGACCUAACUUCACAUGAAAGGAUUCAUACAGGGGAGAAGCCAUAUAAAUGCUUGGAGUGUGGGAAAUGCUUCACUCGUAAUAGCCACCUAACUACACAUGGAAAGAUUCAUACAGGGAAGAAGCCAUAUAAAUGCUUGGAAUGUGGAAAAUGCUUCUUUUAUAAUAGCCACUUAACUUCACAUGAAAGGAUGCAUACAGGGGAGAAGCCAUAUAAAUGCUUGGAGUGUGGGAAAUGCUUCUCUCAAAAUUCCCACCUAAGAAUACAUCAAAGGGUUCACACUGGGGAGAAGCCAUAUAAAUGCUUGGAGUGUGGGAAAUGCUUCUUUCAUAAUAGCCACCUAACUUCACAUGAAAGGAUUCAUACAGGGGAGAAGCCAUAUAAAUGCUUGGAAUGUGGAAAGUGCUUCCGUCAUAAUAGCAAGCUAACUAAACAUGAAAGGAUUCAUACAGGGGAGAAGCCAUAUAAAUGUUUGGAGUGUGGGAAAUGCUUCUCUCAAAAUGACCACCUAAAAAUACAUCAAAGGGUUCACACUGGGGAGAAGCCAUAUAAAUGCUUGGAGUGUGGGAAAUGCUUCUUUCAUAAUGGCAACCUAACUUCACAUGAAAGGGUUCAUACAGGGGAGAAGCCAUAUAAAUGCCUGGACUGUGGAAAGUGCUUCUCUUGGAAUGUCUCCUUAACUGCCCAUAAAAAAAUCCAUACAGGGGAGAAGCCAUAUAAAUGCUUGGAGUGUGGGAAAUGCUUCUCUCAAAAUGCCCACCUAAGAGUACAUCAAAGGGUUCACACAGGGAAGAAGCCAUAUAAAUGCUUGGAGUGUGGAAAAUGCUUCUCUCGUAAUUGCCACCUAACUAGACAUGGAAGGAUUCAUACAGGGGAGAAGCUAUAG